GAAACGUUUGGCGUGUUUCCAUUGUUAGUUGUAACUUCCAUUUCUAUACUUUUGGAUAGUAAAUUCACCAAGAAUAGUCAUGUCGUACAAGGGCGCACAGAAGAUACAAAAGGUGAUGGUUCAACCAAUCAACCUGAUAUUUCGCUAUCUACAAAAUAGAGCUAGAAUUCAAGUCUGGCUGUAUCAGAACAUCACCAUGAGAAUAGAAGGACACAUUAUUGGGUUCGACGAGUAUAUGAACUUGGUGUUAGACGAUGCCGAAGAAGUCCAUAUGAAAACUAAACAGAGGAAGGCAAUUGGCAGAAUAUUAUUAAAAGGAGAAAACAUUACACUGAUAAUGAGCACACAAACAUUACCUGGUUAAUGUAGUUCGUGUAUGUUAUCCAUCUCUAGUGUGUUCUGUGAAAUUGAUUUUAUCUGUU